AUGUCCCACUGCAUCAAGAUUACAGAGUUGCCAGAAAUGUCCCACUGCAUCAAGAUUACAGAGUUGCCAGAAAUGUCCCGACUGCAUCAAGAUUACAGAGUUGCCAGAAAUGUCCCGACAGCAUCAAGAUUACAGAGUUGCCAGAAAUGUCCCACUGCAUCAAGAUUACAGAGUUGCCAGAAAUGUCCCGACAGCAUCAAGAUUACAGAGUUGCCAGAAAUGUCCCACUGCAUCAAGAUUACAGAGUUGCCAGAAAUGUCCCGACUGCAUCAAGAUUACAGAGUUGCCAGAAAUGUCCCGACAGCAUCAAGAUUACAGAGUUGCCUGAAAUGUCCCGACUGCAUCAAGAUUACAGAGUUGCCAGAAAUGUCCCAACUGCAUCAAGAUUACAGAGUUGCCAGAAAUGUCCCGACUGCAUCAAGAUUACAGAGUUGCCAGAAAUGUCCCGACUGCAUCAAGAUUACAGAGUUGUCAGAAAUGUCCCAACUGCAUCAAGAUUACAGAGAUGCAAGAAAUGUCCCAACUGCAUCAGAUUAG